UAUCUAUCGAAGGUUUUAUAUAUAAGGUCGAUUUCUUAGAGAAGCAAGGCAAAUGGCAAUUGAGUUGCUUCAAACGUCGAUUAACACGGUCAAGGAGCGAUCCUCAAGAUGAAAUUUCGUAUAGUUUCGUUAUGUCUAAUACUGUGUGUAACACCGUUUAUAAUGGCUCAAUUACAGGUGACGCAAAGUUACGUAUUGCCUUAUCCGGGUGAUUGCAGCAAGUUUCAACAAUGCGAUGCAAGUGGUUGCUUUGUGAUGAACUGUGGUAGAGGAACAGAAUUUAAUCCGGCUAUAAAUGCUUGUGAUUAUCCUCUGAGAGAUCGUUCAAAUUGUAAUAAUCGUGGAUGAGAACUUUAGCUCGCAAGAAGCUAAAGACGCAGAAUAGUCAAAUAUUCUAUUUCUGUUUAAACGUUUACUUGUUAUCACAUUAUGUAAAUGAAAUUAUAAUAUUCAUUUAAAUU